AAAGACAGGAUGCAGUCAGUGCUGCGCGAUGAGGAUCCUCAGUUGUUUCACACUGUUGCUCUUUCUUUCUGCCAAUGCAGACAACAACGCAGUGUGGCGAGCGUCUGGCGAGAAUGUCACCUUGAGGUGUUCCGUUGCAGGGUGUCCCAAGAGUAAAAGCAAUAACGAGUAUGAUGGGAUGUAUCUGUAUCUGAAUCAAUAUCAUGAGGAGCAGAAAGAGGUGCAAUACUAUCACUCAGGAACACCUGACAACAUCGCCCCGAGAGAUAGAUACAAGGACAGGAUUCAGACAAAUGGAUCUCUGAAGGACCACACCAUCACCAUCAGCCGGCUGACCGUGCACGAUUCUGGCUUCUACCGAUGUGUCUUCAUACAUUUUUCUCAUGUAAGAGUCACAUGCAGUGAACAUACACUUUUUAUAGAAGGAGUAGCUCCAUGUCCCCCAGCAGAAGUUCCUCCUGCCCUUACCUGCGAGAAUCAUCUUCCUCUGGUGUUAAUCAUUGGCGCAGCCUGCACCGUCUGCACGAUCGCCACCAUAAUCUUCAUCCUGCUGGUCGUCCCCAGGGUCAGAAGAUGGGUUAGCAGCAGAAGAAGAGCAAGAAGGGUCGCGCGGGUCCCGAAUAAUGAAUACGUGUAUGAAGUGAUGACAGCCAGAGGCCUCCACCCUGCACUGGAGCAGUCCUCUUCGAGCACGUAUACAGGAAUACGCUUAGCUUAGCUUUCAUCAACUAUUGUUGCAUUGGUGGCCAACUUCCACUUAGCAUUGGUUUACUUUCAUGACUACCGUUAAAAUUAUGAAACAAAAUGUAAAGAAAUUGUAAACACUGGAUUAUAAAAUCUCUAAAUGAAUUGCUGUGAAAGUAUUACUAAAAGCAUUCUUAAUUAGUAUAGCUUAGUAUACUUUUUAAACUUUAAAAUCUGUUUGUAGGGGCAUUUUUUGACAACACUUGAAUACAUUAACACAAGUUAUAUAACAAAUAAUAUUUUAAUGGCCUUCAUUCAACUAAUGUGUCAUUAUUUAAAUUAACCUACAUUAACAUUGAUAUGAAACAUACAAUAGAAUACACACUGUCUUACUGGAAUUGCUUUGCCUGGUCUUUCAAGAGUUUUGCUCUAAACUCUAAAUCUAAAUAAUUACAAAUACAUGUAGGCAACAAACAAAACCGAGCGCGGAAACUAUAUGAAGAUAACAGGGGAUAGACGCAGAGGAAGUUUGAUUAAGACAAGGAGGCAAGACCCGUGUUUGGUUUCAUUUCUGUGGCUACCCAGCAAGGCUGCUUACGGAAAAGAAAAAUAUCUGGGCCAGAGAUUUUUGUGUGAUAAAGCUUUCAAAAAUACAUGUAGGCACAAACGACCUACUUAACAAGAGGGGGGUGAUGGGGGGAUAUAUGUGGGUUAUAGAGUUCUCACUUACUGAUAAAAAUCCUUCUAUAUAUUUUUUCAGCGUACCAUACUGUAUGUGCGCUGGUUAUGAUGACUGAAAUCAUUUUCUUCUACAAAUCAUCCGUACACCAAA